AUGGGCCGGCCGCCAAAGUACGACUGGGAUGACAAACGCGACAUCUGCUACAAGCUCUGGGUCGUCGACAAACUCAGCACCCCAAACAUUGUCAAAUGGUUCGCCGAGCACUUCAAGCUGCCCGAGUCCGAGGUGCCGUCGGUCUCGCAGUUCCAUCAGAAGUUCCGCAACUGGAACUUUCCCGGAAGACGCGACAAAUGGACGGAAGAGGAGUAUGAGAAACUGACGGCGAGGACGAAGGAGCUGUUCGAGCAUUAUGUCACCGCGGGGGACAUCCAGAAGACACUGAAGGAAGAAGGAUGGGAUUUGAACGAUUACGACUUUCGCGCGUUAAGGAAGAAAAAUGGCAUGUUGAUGAGAAGCAUGAAUGGGUACAAACCUUUACCUAGCAACAAGAGACCUCGCACGGAGAGUGAUGCGGUUGAGGGGCCCACAGCUGAAGAAGAAGAACAACAACAACAAUCGGAGGAUCAAGCCACUCCCGAGGAAGAUGCCCAGCAGACCACACUUCCCCCGGAGGAAGCAGCGCGUCGGGCCCAACGUCUGGCCGAGCUUCAGAUGCAGAGCGAUGAGCUACUACGCACACGCAAACGUCGUCGCCGCAUUCGAGGCUAUGGCCCCAUGCCAGCGGAUGACCCCAGCAUCGGGCCUCGCUACGGAUCGGAAACGAGUCUCGACGAAUGCAAGGCCUUCCUCCAACUCUCCAACGAGACAUACAUGGAGCUUCGUGAUCAGUUCGAAGCCAUCUGUCGCGAAGAGGGGAUCAUCAAAAUGACCUUAUGCGCCGACGGCCAAUGGCAAGCCGCUAAAGAUCGCCUC